CACUACAUAACUAUACUCUUAUUUUUAUUUUCGUAUAUUUAUUUUUCCAACCUCACUCUCUCUCUCUCAUUAGGUUCUUUUCUUUCCAUUACGAUCGAUCUUUUCUCAUGGCUUAGUAGUCUCUUCUAACUGAAACUUCAAAUUCAUCAACACCGUUCAUCUCAAUUUCUAGAACCUUCUCAAAUCCUAACCCUAAUCGCGUAGAUCUCAAAUUAGGUUUUAUGGAAAUGGGGUCAAGUCCUCGCACCGUUGAAGAGAUCUUCAAAGAUUUCAGUUCUCGUAGAGAUGGUAUCGUUCGUGCUUUAACUCAAGAUGUUGAUGAGUUCUACGCACUCUGUGAUCCAGAUAAGGACAACUUGUGUCUCUAUGGACAUUCAAAUGAAUCAUGGGAAGUGACUCUUCCUGCAGAGGAAGUUCCACCUGAGCUUCCAGAGCCAGCUCUCGGAAUCAAUUUUGCAAGGGAUGGCAUGAACCGUAGGGACUGGCUUUCCUUGGUUGCUGUGCACAGUGAUUCUUGGUUGCUUUCCGUUGCCUUUUAUCUCGGAGCUCGGCUUAACCGCAAUGAAAGGAAACGUUUAUUUAGCUUGAUCAAUGACCUUCCAACUGUGUUUGAAGUUGUAACUGAGAGGAAGCCAAUAAAGGACAAGCCAACUGUAGACAGUGGAAGCAAAUCUCGGGGCAGCACCAAGAGAUCAAAUGACGGGCAAGUUAAAAGCAUCCCAAAGUUGGCAGAUGAUCAAGGUUACGAGGAGGAGGAAGACGAGCAUAGCGAAACCCUUUGCGGGACCUGCGGUGGAAACUACAAUGCUGAUGAAUUUUGGAUUGGCUGUGAUAUUUGCGAGAGGUGGUACCACGGGAAAUGUGUGAAGAUUACUCCUGCAAAAGCUGAGAGCAUAAAGCAAUACAAGUGCCCAUCAUGCAGCAUUAAGAGGGGCAGACCCUAAGCCUAAGACAGCAGCAUGUGAAGUGAAUAAUGCUUUGUGGUGCUGAUUGGAUACCUUAAUAUUGUCAAAUCUCUCUUGUAGAAAAUUCAUUUAAUGGGUAUAGUUUAUAUGACUAAUGGGUAAAACUUUCAGAUAUUAAAGUUAAUUUCUUCUACUAAGAUGGAUCCUCAGUUUAUGUUACAAAUUUGGCUUCUCUUAUAUUGAGGAGUGGGGAAAAUUCAAGGUUAUAAUUAUCUAUUGAAUGAUUGAAAGAUUGAAGGAGUAGAUUUUAAUUUUA